AUGGCGGUGGCCACUCCGAGGAGUGAGGGCGUGGGAGGGGGCGGGGGCUGGGCUCUGUGUUGGCAGUUGCCAUGGUUUUGCUCGGAGUUCUGGAGCCAGCCUACCCACUCCCUGAGACACUCAGGUCCCAGAAGCAGGAGGUCAGAAGCCCGAGGGUCUGUGAGGAGUGCCACUCUGGAGCCCACCAGCGCACCUGUUGAGAUGGAGGCCUCAGAUGGGCAAGGGGGUGAAGGGGACAAGCCACUAGAGAAGGUGACACAUGAGCCUGGUUCACAGGGGAGCUCCAGCACCAUACCUGCCAGAGACUCACUAGUGCAUCAUGCCAAGGGCCUGGGGCACGACACCUUCAAAAUUUGUAAAGAAUACCUAAGGCCACUGAAGAAGUUCUUGCGAAAGUUGCACCUGCCCAGGGACCUUCCCCAGAAGAAGAGGCUAAAGUACAUGAAGCAGAGCCUGGUGGUCCUAGGGGACCACAUCAACACCUUUCUGCAGCACUACUGCCGAGCCUGGGAAAUCAAGCACUGGAGGAAGAUGCUCUGGCGAUUCGUCUCCCUCUUCUCAGAACUGGAGGCGAAGCAGCUUCGCAGGCUCUACAAGUACACCAAGAGCAGCCAGCCGGCCAAGUUCCUGGUGGCAUUCUGCCCCUUGGAUGCACCAGAGAGCACCUUGCUGGCCGGCCAGGAAGACAGUCUGCCCAAGCUCUGCAACGCCUGGGGGCUGCACAGCAACAUCAGCAGCAUGAAGGAGAGGCUGUCCAAGAUGCAGGCCCCAGGCCACGAGGCCUCUCUGCUGGGGGAGCCAAGAUCCCAGGUCCACACAGGGAGAGGUUCUCUAAGGAAACUUCCUCAAAAACUAAAACUCAAGAGAAAGAGGAUUAAGGAAGCCCCAGAAACUCCAGAGACCUGCCUGUGAGCAGACCUCGCUGGGACAGAGAGCCUGCAGGCCUUGGGGCCCAGAGCACUUGUCCGUCUUCCACGCCUCUGAACCUGGGGGAAGGGGACCCAUGAGGGGAAAGAAGAAAACUGUCUUUAUCAAAAGGACA